GCCCCGGUACGUACUGCUCCAGUCUCCUGCCCCAAGUCGGGUCAUUACCAUCGACAUCGUCAACGCCAGCAUCAUCAAUACCGUCACACCUCCUCUCAUAUCAUCACACCGGCACGCACGCACAAGCAAUGCAUUUCUCCCUCCCCUUGCCCUUCCACAUUCGUAUCCACAAUCAUGCUCACUCUUUCCUUUUUUUCGUCCCUUGUUGCCUCAACUCGUUGCGCAUAUUCAUCAUCCAUACCAGAGCACACAUUGCGAUUGCAGGUCAAUCCGCGCACACGACGAAUCCAUCCGCUUCACACCAUAGAGCACACGUACGCUUCUCUGUCUCUCUGUCUGCCGUUGUUCACUCAUUUCUUUGCGCAAAGAAGAAGCACACAUGUGCGCUCCCCCACUCCACGAGCUUGUUUGCUCGCUGUUCAGUGCUCAGUUCAUGCCCACCUCAUCCUAAUGUCAUUCGUCUCGUUCUUCUCCCUCCGCUGGGUCCGGCUUCGGACUCAGCUUCGGCAUCGGCUCCGACUCAGGCUCAUACGUCCGCCCUUUCUCGUGCCUCUCUCUGCCUGGGACGUCUCAGUGCGCAGAAGAAUGAACGAUUGUGACUGAGAGCAUGGAUAUUGCAGCGGUGGAGGAGUACCAGAGGCGGACUUGCUCCAUGGAUCCCCGUCAAGUUGUGUAUACUGGCUUC